UGAAACGGGCCGGAACACUGUCCCCCGCUGUUCCGGGAAUGUUUGCAGCGGGGAGCCCACUUUUUCAGUGCAGUGAGCGGAAACCUGGCUGCUUUUCCUUUGAUUUUUUUCAGGGGUUUACAUAUUUUGCAGCGGGUGUGCUGGCCAGGGUAUGCCGCUGUCUCGAGAAAUGGGGUUUUGUCUCUGACUUCGUGCUGCCUCUUUAUAGCAGAGCAUGGAAUCGGGAACAGACAUGCUCCUGGACUAUUCCACUCCGGCUCAGUGACGGGAGCACGCUGGCUUCCACAUCCUCCGCACUUGCCGGUUGUUGAAGCUGCAACAACUCUGCAUCCGCAGAGCCUAGCUGGGGUACCUCUGUUGACCCCCUUCAGCUCACAGCUGUGAACAGACGUCAACAUCCCGUUGCCAGGAAUUGGAACUCAUGUGAAGUGGGUGUUCCUGGAGCCGUGCCGAGCUGGACCAGGGUGGAAACUUCCCCAUUCCCCGUUCGCCAAGCCUGCUGCUGGAAGCACAGCUCUUGUCUACCUCAAGCGGAACAAGAGGAAGGUAAACGUUCCCCCGGCCUUCUCCGCUGCCUCGAGGGCCAAGAUGUCCCACGACCACCACAUGGCGCACAUGGACCACAACAUGACGGGCUCAGCCAUGCCCACCUCGGAUCCUCACGCGCACCAUCACACCACGGCAGGACACAUGCAUGGCGGAGGGAUGAUGAUGAUGAUGCAAAUGACCUUCUACUUUGGCUACAAAGAUGUGCCGUUGCUGUUCUCUGGGCUCGUCAUCAACACAGCUGGAGAAAUGGCCGGCGCGUUCGUCGCCAUCUUCUUCCUGGCCCUGUUCUACGAGGGCCUGAAGAUCGCCCGCGAGAGCCUCCUCCGGAAAUCGCAGGUCAGCAUCCGCUACAAUUCCAUGCCUGUCCCGGGACCCAACGGCACCGUGUUGAUGGAGACGCACAAGACGGUUGGGCAACAGAUGCUGAGCUUCCCUCACCUCUUCCAGACGGCCCUGCACGUCCUCCAAGUGGUGGUCAGCUAUUUCCUGAUGCUCGUCUUCAUGACCUACAACGGCUACCUCUGCAUCGCCGUGGCCGCCGGGGCGGGGAUGGGCUACUUCCUCUUCAGCUGGAAGAAGGCGGUGGUGGUGGACAUCACGGAACAUUGCCAUUAACGCCGGGCAGGGGCUGCGCGCCGGACCGGCCUCCGGAAAGGACCAGGCUUCUUAGAAGCAUGCCAAGACGAUCCGUGCGGUGCUCUCUUCAGCAACCUCCUGGGGACAAUACCUGUGCCUCUCACUCCUCUUCCCCCCUCCCACCCCACGUCAUCACCGCCUUUUGGGGAGUGGGGGACGAAAGCAGGCAGCCGACUCUGGCACCCUACGUAGAAAGAUCGGCUUCUAUCAUAGAUACGAUUAGUGGGUUUGAUCUAAUUUUUAUUUUUGUUUUAGACUGCGCCAUGAAGGAAACCAGCCGGCAGGCGACCGCAGACGACGGUUCCGCGUCCUUUUUCAGGGUACUUUUCAGCAGCCUGCGGUUGGAUUUAGCGGGAGCGGUUACGGAGUGGUCAUAUUGAGCCAGUGGUGGCUGAUAAGCCCAGCGCUACAGCUGCUGUCAUGCAAGUGCCUCCGCUCAAUCAUCGAAGGGAGGGAGAGGCCGUCUGCUCCCUUGUUCCCUCAAGGCUUGAGUCUGUUUCUCCCCCCGUCCCGCCCCCAAGUGUAGUUCUAGCCUUCAGUACAGGCAGUCUUUGGUUUGGCCGGCUCAUCGCGCCCGCUGUUCCAGAGUAGCCCCUGGGCUCCAUCCACAGGCCGUCUGUAAUUUGCCCAUCUACAAUUACAGCACUCCGCUCCUCUCGUCCCUUGUGACUGGCUGGUUUGAUGGUGAAACGCUCAAAAUACAAAUCAUCCUAUUUUUAAAGGAGCAGUGAUCUUUUCAAUAAAUGCCUCCAGCUUGCAGGCAGGAAGAGGCAGCCUUGAAACAACUCUGCCCUCGACGUCGAAGACUAGAACUACCUCGGAUGAGGCCAAGUUGAAGAGCCUUAGGCCGCGCCCGCGAUUCGCCUUUCCAUCAGGGCCUGCUUCUUUUCUGGGUACUCUUCUGUCCGUGUGGACAGAAACGGCUAGGGAGGAAGCCCGGUCUGCCGCACCAAAAGAUAGGCAGGGGUUCGUACAUGACGCUCUCCUUACUGGUAGGCGUAUCCCAGCUUGUAAUUUCAAACAGCAAGCUAGCUGGAGACCAGGGUUCCUUGAAAGGACCAUCCACCACAAGAAAAUUCAUUUCCCUCUUUAAGAAGGUACUGAUCCCUGGGACAAAACCUUGAACUAGAAACCUCAAGCGAACACAAUCCCCGAAGCCUCGUAGCAGCUCUGCGUGAUUGAGACAAUCUUUCCCAUGCUGGUGCCCUCCAGAUGUGUUGGGACUACAACUCCCAUCAUUCCCCAGCCAGGUUGGGGAAGGCGGUUCUAGAACAUAACCUGGUUGAAAACGCCUAGUGCAGUUUCACCCUGUGGUAUUUUGCCUGGAAAAUGGGGGUGACUUGACCACCUCCGCACAGGGCCAUCCCAAAAAUUGAGAGU